AUGUCUUACCAAGAACAGCAAUGCAAGCAUCCCUGUCAGCCUACUCCUGUGUGCCCACCACCCAAGUGCCCUGAGCCUUGCCCUCCUCCAAAGUGUCCUGAACCAUGUCUUUCUUUUCCAUGCCAGCAGAAAUGCCCUUCUGUGCAAACUCCUCCACCAUGCCAGCAGAAGUGCCCACCCAAGAACAAGUGA